AUGGCCUUGAUAACAUUUGCAUCGAUUCAUACAUUUUUUGAAAUUGUAAUGCUAACUUAUGGCUUCAAUGAACUGGAAAUUGACGAACUAACCGUAUCGGUUGCGUAUGGCAUACAACAUUUUCUGGGCAUUGCAAAAGCGUACAUUAUGAUGUCUCGAAAGUAUGAGUUUUUGGAGCUGGACCGACGUACGAAAGAAAUGCCGUUAUAUCGCAAAGAUAACCGAAAAUUCCUCGACAAUUUGGAAAGAACUGUAAAUUUGAGCGACAAACUGGGUUAUAUUUAUUGGUUUGCUGUUUUGUCCACAACCAGUUUUGCUCUUUUCACUGGAAUUUAUGCAACUCUUACCAAUCGAAGUGAGAUGGUUCAGAGUUGUCAGGAAAAAUUUGAAGUUUAUGAAAAUUUUCUGUUGAGACACGAAAUUCAAAUAAAUGAUGUUCCGUGGAUGAUUCAGGAAAAUGGCACGAUAUUUUCACGCGAGACAUUGAGUGGACACGAUGAAAUCAACGAAUUGGCCAGACGAAUCAAUUUUUUUGAUCAGAAAAUCAGUGAACUUAAUCUAAGAGUACCUAUGGGAGAUGUAUUUGAAUGCAAACGACCAAAACGAAUGUUUUCUUAUCAUGUUUGGUUGCCAUAUGGCAAGUAUACGCGGUUUUAUGAGAUAAUAUUCGCUUCAAAUUUUCUGGGUGGACUGAGUUUGGUGUGCAUCAUUUUACCAAUUGAUAAUUUAGUCAUGGGCUUUAUGCGAUACAUUCGCUUUCAGUUUUAUGUCAUCAAAGAUGAUUUGUUAAACCUUCGUGAGAAUGUGGAAGAAGAGCUCAAAAUGAUGCACCAAGAACUGCCAGAUGAGAGAGUUAUUGCUCUGCACAUCAACGGUCGACUCAAAGACAUUGUUAAUCAUCAUAUUGCCGUCUCAGACUUCUUCAAUCGCACGAAUGAUUUAUUCACCUGGGCCCUAUUGGCUCAAUAUCUCGGAAGUGGUGCAAUGAUAUGUGGUGUUUUGUUCUCAAUUUCAUCCGUUGCUGACAAUCUAAUGACACCGAAAUUCUUUCACGUCGCCUUUUUCUAUUCGGGACUUAUCAUUCAGCUGUACACCAAUUGCUUUUAUGGCAGUCAAGUGUUUGUUGCGAGCGAAAACAUUCGUUUGCACGCCUACUUCUCUAAUUGGGAAGUAUCUGGUAGAAGUUCACAUCGAAUUCGAAAUGCAUUGACCAUGGUGAUGAUGCGAUCAAGACGAGCAUGCCGAUUAACGGCUGGGAAAUUUGCAGCCGUUGAUUUACCGACGUUUUUAGCGGUUUUCAAAGCAUCUUACACAUACUACACUGUUUUAGUGGACGACGACUCAAAAUCGUUAAGUUGAAGAAGCA